AUCAUUUGUCUUGUAAUAUUUGGUUCGAUCUGCAUGUUGUAUGUUAGUAAUCUGGUGUUUCUGGCUGCUGCUUAUUCCUCAGCUGCUUCCUUUUUUUAGGAUUUAAGUGUUUCUAUUUUAUCUCUCACUGAACUGUGUCAGUGAAAUUUUUGUUAAGAUUUAGGUAUUUUUAGCUUUCUACCACAUGAUAUAUGCAAUUUCCUUUCUUUUCAUUUUUAAUUUUUUUUAUAGCUGAGCCUUUUUUUUUUCAAAAAGAAUAAUAAAGUGUUGAUAAUAGUUGAGGCUGGGAGUCGGGCAGCGAUGAUUUCUCGAUUGAUAGAUGAGGGUAUUGUUAACUGUGACGUUUGAAUUUCAUGGCAAUUUAGCUUUUGAACUGAUUGUUUUCGCCGAUAAGGUUACGAUGUGUGAUAAAUUUUCUGUUUCUGUUUCCAGAUGCCUUUUCAUUAUUAGUAUAUUUUAUUUGAUGGUUUGGUGCUUCCAACUGAUCCUCUUAUCCACAUUUUCAGUAAUUCGCUGGGAAUCUCGUAUGGCCCCUUUAAUACAUUUCAUUUUUUUCGUUUUUUUUUGUUAUAGCCUUUUAAUGUUUCGCUGAAAAGAGAAAUUUCGGAAUAAGGCUGACCUUUCAAAAUUUGGGAUUCAAUUUGCUGACCUUUCAAAAUAUAGGAUCGAGGCGCGCGAAUUUUUCGAAAUAAGGGUUUUUUCAUUUGUCAUCUUUUUUCUUCUUCUUUUUCUUAUUAAUUUCAUCAAAAAAUAUAUGAAUGGACUAAACUAUCCCAAGAUUUAAAACCUCAAUUUUAGCAUAUCUCUGAUAAUUUGAAUCCCUAAUUCUGAAACCCCAAUUUCUCUCUAGCUUCGGUGGUUGGGGGUUGAAGAUUUUACAUUUUAACAAGCCUAUUUUCGAUAUUUAAGCCCUUCUUUAAUCGAAUACUUUAUCCCAAUAGACAAAUUUAUUUGUUUUUCCCCCAAUUACAAUAUGAACCAAAUUAUCAGAUAUGGAUGGUGGUUGGGUGGGACGGUGGUUUCGUAGUGGAAGUUUCAAUUAUCAGUAUGCGAGCAGAAUCAUAAUCGGGGUUUCAAAUUUUUAUGGGUAAUUUGGUCUAUCCAUAUAUUUUGUGAUGGAAUUAAUAAGAAAAAAAAGAAGAAAAAAGUGGAAAAAUGAAAAAAACCCUUAUUUCGAAAAAUUCGCGCGCCUCAAUCCCAUAUUUUGAAAAGUCAGCGAAUUUAAUCCCAAAUUUCAAAAGGUCAGCGAAAUUAAUCCCUUAUUCCGAAAUUUCUCCGCUGAAAAAGGCACAUCAUGUUUUAUUUUAGAUUGAACUUAAAGGGCAGUAUUUAUUAGGCCGGUUCAGCAAAACAGUAUUCUUUACUGUGUAGCGUUGAAAAGUUUGUCACUGUUUAACGUUGAAAAUAUUUCCACCGAACGAAUUAAUACAAGUAGUUGAAGGGAGAUUCAAAAAUGAUUAGAACUGUUUCAUUUCCUUUGAAUCUCUGCGAUGAAAAGAACUUGAUGCCCUUUCUUAAAUUUUUACUAUUGAUUAUAACUCUGAAAGCUUUAAUUUGUUUCAACUUGAGCUAUCACCAGCAUAAAAACAUUUAUCCUGUAUCAACAAUUCUCUCUGAAACUAUAUACUUUUCCUCGCUUUUCAGCUUAAGCCAUGCUUCCUUGAGAGUCUUGACCAUCAUUAGUUUGAACGGGAGUGUAGUUAGCUAGAUGUAAUUAAACUAUGAGCAAUUAUUGCCAUUAGCUCUCACUUUGAUGGAGCACAUUGCAGUUCUUUCCAUUCCUUCCCUUUUGUUUUCUUUUGCCAACUAUGGUUGUUCAAUAUAUUUUCCUGUGCAUAUUCCUUUCUAAAUCUAAAGAGUUCUUUUUUCUUGGAGGGGUUUUCGGACGUCAGCCUAUGGGGAGAGAUGUUGUAGGUCUUCGUAUUGAUAAAAAGUCCAACAUGGUCAAUGAUAAAUCAAAUGGCACCAUCUGUGUUGCUCCAAAAGCUGUACAAGAGAAAUCUGGAAAAAAUGAUUAUGAGAUGAAUGACAAUGACACGAAUGCUAGAGUUCCGGACGACUACGAUAAGAAACAAGAUGUGCUGGGGUUGAAAAGCAACAAUCACCAACCUGAGGAGAAGAUUUUCAAUGCUGAGGCUCAGAAGUCUCCUGAAAAAAAGUCAAACUCGCCAGCAAAACCUGCAUCGGGGUCUACUCUUAAUGGGAUAACUGAUGCAGAUCCAUUAGAGCCCCUAACUCCUAGUUUAGAGGAUGAUAAACAAAACUCGCAUGUAAACCAUUCUAAUGGGUCUGAAAGCAAUGAUUCUGGUACAGAAAUUUUGCCCAAGUCUCGUGAUUCACAUUCUCCAGGAUCAGCAAAGAAAUUGCAGCCAAUCGCACAUUUGUCUUCAAGGAAGCUGCUGGCGCCUCAUUGCAGAAAUUAUAACGAUGAAGAAGAUAAUUGGUCCUUGGCUUCCUCUACUGCAACUUCUGUACGGAUGAGAGUCACAGUUCCAGUUGCUCCAAGAUUCAAUUGUGGAAACCGUUUAGAGAGGCGUAAGGAGUUUUACACUAAGUUGGAAGAGAAGCACAAAGCGUUGGAGAAAGAAAAACAUGACUAUGAAGCUAGAACCAAGGAAGAAGAACAGGCAGCAAUAAAGCAGCUUAGGAGGAACAUGAUGUACAAAGCAAAUCCUGUCCCUAGCUUCUAUCGUGAAGGUCCUCCACCAAAAGUCGAGCUAAAAAAGCUGCCUGUCACCCGUGCCAAAUCACCUAAUCUAACCAGGAGAAAGAGCUGCGGUGAUGCAGUCAAAUCGAUUCCUGAGGACAAGGUAUCUUAUGGGCGAGCAUCUCGUCACAGUGUAGGUGUCUAUAGAGAAGGCAAAGCUUCUCCUCUUCUGAAAAAGGCCUCACCUAUAACCCCUAAAAGUAAGGAUCAAACUAAUGCGUGGAAGUAAAAUGGAUCUAACAAAGCCAAGAUUCCCACGAAACAAUCAAAAGAGAAGAGUGAAAAUUCUCGAGCAAAAGAGCAGGGGAAUGCAGAUAUUGCAGUUCAAUCUUGAUGUUGAUGUUUUACUGGUAGUUGUAGUUUUACCUUCGCCUGGAAAACUCUCUCGAGUUUCCAUAUGACUGUGCAAGGCAACUUUGUUACCUGCAGUGACUUGCCAAAGGUGAUGUCUGAAUUCUGAGUUGUAUAUUUUGUGUAAUUUAUAGCGUCCUGUGCUCUUACAAAUAACACAUUUUGCUUAUUAUCUGUAUAACUUGUGGUUUUGCUGUAGGGUUAUUGUCUUGCUUGAGUUAUUACGUUAUGCAGAAUGUAUUUGAACUAA